AUGGAGGGAACGACUGUCAUUAUCGACAACGGAUCGGGAUACAUCAAGGCCGGCACAAAUACGGAGGAUCUGCCGUCUAUCUUUUUUCCCACGGUAGUCGGGGUCCCCCGCCGCCGUUUCGCCGAGCAGUACAAGGACAAGCCCAUAAACGAGCGCGUUUUCGUGGGAGAGCAUGCAAUUGCAAACAGACAUCACCUCACUAUCAACAACCCCAUUGACCAUGGGCAUAUUGAUGACUGGGAGCAGAUGAUGUUUGUGUGGCAGCACGUUUACGACACGCUGGGAAUCGAACCGUCCACCUCUCCAGCACUAAUAACGGAGCCCCCAAACUGCUCAGUCUCCCAUAGGAACCGCCUGGCAGAGCACUUUCUUGAAAGCUUCCAAGUUCCCGAGCUCAAUCUUUCCGUCACAGGGCUGAUGGCCAUCUACGGCACUGGGAAGACCACGGGCUUGGUGGUGGAUAUUGGGGAGGGCGUAACGCAGUGCGUCCCUGUUUUCGACGGGUACCUCGAGGCCUCCUCCUUGAAGCGGAGCGACUUCGGGGGAGAGGAGCUACAGAUGUAUUUGCAAAAGAUUCUAUGUGACAUGGGAUAUGCCAUGACAACCCGGGACGACUUUGAACACGUUCGCGUCAUCAAGGAAACCCUCUGCUUCUGCUCCCUCGACCCCGCGUCGGAGCAGCAGAGAACGGAUCUGGAGAAGUCGUAUCACUUGCCUGACGGCCUGACUCUCCGAGACGGCGAAACCACGGAAGUGACUCUGGGCCCUGAACGCUUUUACCCAGCGGAAGCUCUUUUUAAUCCCCAGCUAUGUGGCAGAGAUAAUCCGUCUCUUACUGACCUCGUCUGGUCCUCAGUCAGGGCAUGCCCCAUAGAGAGCCGGAAGAGCCUCGUGGCGAAUGUCGUCCUUUGCGGCGGCUCUUCGAUGUUCUCAGGAUUUCCCGAGCGUAUGGAGCUGGAGCUGAAAAACACCUCUCCUCCCCAGGCACGGUCCAUCGUGCAUGUGGAUGCCCCUCCAAAUAGGCAGUUCCUUGUAUGGCAGGGAGCCCGCUGCUUUUGUGAUCCUUCCAUGAGGCCCAUGCAGGAUCACUUGUGGAUCAGCAAGGCUGAGUGGGAGGAAGUCGGACCGAGGAUUGUUCUCCAAAAGGCGGCAAUCAAGGGUUAG